ACAAUAAUAGUGAUUGCGUUUGGAAUUUCUUCUUUUCAAGCAAUAUCCAGAUCCCAGCCCUUCCCUUCCCUUGCCCUGCAAGCCCAGCCAGACCAAACCGUACACGCCCUUUCCCUUUCUCUUUCCCAGUUUCCUUAGCUCUCUCUUGCAAGCAAACCAUCGAAUUAAUAAGUUCCAACGUUUCACCUUCUAUUUAUAGCUAGCCUCUUUCCUCCUCCUAUUUCCGCUUCCUUUCUCUAGCUGAAGGUUUAGCGUCGUUCAUUUGUCGUAGCUGAUGAUGAAGCUUAAAAGGUUGCUUCCUUGCAGAGAAGGUUCUUCGAUCCACUUAGUCAACGUGGAUGUUCGAGAAGAAUAUGCUAACGCUUUUCGCACAGAAUCAUACCAUGAGUUUUGGACCCGCGUCGUCGCAUUAGGUAAAAGAAAAUCCACAACUUAUAAAUCUCUAGUAUCAAGCACAGCUGAUCGACUCCCAUCCUAUCGGUUAUUUGCGGAGCAUCUCUUGGAUCCGGAUCAACCCACAGUUAUUCGAAUCCUAAAUUUGUCCAGGAUUAAUAAUCACCCAGCACACCACGCCCUACUAUCGGAUUAUUUUCUCGAAACUGCCGAUGCUUCAUUCCUUUGUGGUCGUCUUUUGAAGGACAUUGACCGUAUACGAGUGAGGUAUCGCUCACUGAAAACCACUAUUGACACCCUUGAAACCGUCUUGUUCUCCUCAGUAAACCACUUACCUUAUAUAUUGGCCCAAUUGACUGAAUUCUCCAGUUCCUCCAACCCCUUCGCCUCAUCAACUUCAUCUUCACAUCAAGUUCAUACAUUACAAGCCGGCUGCGCCAACUUACUCAAACGACUUGAGUCAAGCCGUGAUGAGGCUCGAGCCAAAAUCCGAUUGAUUAACAAGAUAAAGAGCAGCUCAGCUAUUUUUCUUGUAGCUUUCACGAUUUCGGUGACGACAAUAGCCACCGCUCAUGCUCUAGCAUUGUUGGUUGCGACACCUAGUUUGGUAGCGGUAUCAUUAGAACUGGCUUCCUUCAAAAAGCUAGUUAGGUUGUCAGCUCAGCUUGAUGCAGCCGCAAAAGGGACUUAUAUAUUGAACAGGGAUUUGGAUAUAAUAAGCCGACUUGUGGCUCGGGUGAAUGACGAGCUAGAGCACAUCAGAGCCGUGGUUGGGUUUUGGCUACAACGUAGAGAAGACAGGCUCCAAGCCAGUACAGAAGUUGUUCGUCAGCUGAAACAAAACCACUCCAGCUUUAGCCAACAACUUGAUGAGUUAGAGGAGCAUUUAUAUUUGUGCUUCAUGACCAUCAAUAGAGGUAGAAACCUUGUCAUGACAGAAAUUUUGGACCCUAGGGUCCCUAAUUUAUGAUCGCCAUAACUUAUGAUGUACCCUUCUUUGGUUAUUUUCUUCACUGAUUUUGCAAUGUUUAAAUGGUAUUCCUGUGCAUUAGACUCUCACUUUUGGAGAGUCAGGGAAGAAUUAUAUUUAUAGACAAUGAUACAAAAUCAUGAACAAAAACACACAAAUUCAGUUAAUAAUUACUUGGAGUCAAUUUAAUAGUUAAUGCCAGCAAAUCAAUUUUACCUUCAAUUACAAACUAAGCACCUAUUUAAUUAUGAUUCUGUAAUCCCAAUCUACUUAGGUUUCUAAUGAAUUAAUCUACUUAAUUAGAAACAAAAGAAAAUAGAAAACAAAUUAAAGAACUAUAAUAAAUAAUGCUAUUUUAUAAUAUCUACUUUUUCAUUUCACAUUAUCUCAUCUUUUGUUUCAAGAAGAAAAGUAAACUUGAAUCAAUAACCUUCCGAUCACGACAAACGAGAACCAUGAUGCAAUAUUAUUAAAUACAAAUAUACCCACCUAUUUUUACUUCAAAUUAAUAAAAUUUAUUUAUGAUUUGACAACAUUUUUCCGUUUAUAAUCCACUUUGGAAGAUGGAUCCUUUUGUUCUUUAUACAAUGUGUCUUAAAUUUUAUUAUUUUGAUAAGUGAAUCACAUCAUAUGAAAUAUUCUAUGAUCCCUCUGUCCCUUUUCUUUUUCUCUCUGCAGUUCUUCAAAGUGCUUUUGCUAUUGGUAUAUGAUCUCUUCGAUGACCUGAGAGCAGAGAGCUGCAAAGUCUUCGAGGUCUCUCUCUCUCUCUAAGAUUUGCCGGAUUCUGCUUUUCCUCUACGGGUCCAAUCACGCCCAGUGUCGUAGAACGGCUUUUGUUCAUGAAGCUGAGAAUUUGAGGUUGCUAAUAUUUCACUGAAAUCACUGAAGGUCGGUCUUCCUCAUCCUCAUCCUUUCAAUUCCCGCUCGAAGACUGAAACCCCCUUCUUUUCCUGCGGCCAUUCCCGUCCUCAUCAACUGAAGGACUGUUCUCGAGUCACUCCGUCUCUCUCAGCUCCGUCGACGAGACCAUCAGCGUCUCUCUCAAUCGCACCGCCCCCAAUCGCUGAAGGUAGCAGCAACCACUGAAACCCCCUUCCUUUCCAUGCGGCCAUUCCCGUCCUCGUCAACUGAAGGACUGUUCUCGAGUCACUCCAAAACACUCAGCUCCGUCGACGAGACCAUCAGAACACCAGGAGCGGCCGUCUCUCUCAAUCACACCGCCCCCAAUCACAUUGGAUUUUAGUUUUUCCAAUCAAAUAUAAAUUUAAGGAGUUAUUUGGUAGAAAAGAAAGAAUUGGAGGCGUCAGGCAUGGGUUCCCGAGAGCUACUCGCAGGUUCCAGGAAGAGAAUUAAAGCCAUUGUGUUGGAAAUGUUUUGUGAUGAAUAGAAGAGAAUGGAAAGGGAUGUGUCAUGUGUGGUUGGUCACAGUUUGGGCGGGGAAGACGGUGUUCGUUAUAUAGAGAAGAUAAUCGGGGCAGUUCUGUCCCUUGUCACUCAGGGGAGCCCUAACUGGACAGCACCUGAGGUUAUAAAAGAUUCAAAUGAUUGCAGCCUUGGCGCUGAGAUAUGGAGUCUUGGUGGAUGCACUGUUUUAGAAAUGGCUACCACGAAGCCCCCAAUGGAGUCAGUAAUUUAAAAACAGAGAUUGGUAGCCGCUGCUAUGCUUAACAUUGCUAGUGGCAAAGACCUUCCUGCAAUACCUGAUAACCUCUCUCAGACGACACAAAGGAUUUUGUGGGGCAGCGUCUGCAACGCGAUCCUCUUCAUCGUCCUAGGGCUGCUCAGCUUUUGGAGCAUCCUUUCGUAAAAGAUGCUGCUGCACUGCACCUCUAGAAAUGCGAGUUAUGGGCCCUGAGGUUGCCUAUCCUCUUGAGGCCUCUGUUACAUUCUCCGUUUAUGCCAUUCCUUUUUCAUUCCUAUGAGCAUAUCUUUGCCCACAGCAAAUGAUUGUUAUAUUAACCCUGCACACACCAUUGAUCCUAGUUGCUGAAUAGUAUAUGGGAAGAGAUUUCUAGAUUAUGUAUAAUAUUAGAGAGAUAAGGUUAACUGUAUAAUCAACUAAUGAAUAAGAUAAACGUUCUCUCAAUUAUCCAAGAUUGUCACUGAGAUCGAAAUUGAAUGUAUUAACCUUUUGUGGC